UGCUCUUCCACUCUCUCUCCCUCCAUCUCUCCAAGUGCUGGCGGAAUACCGAGCUCAGACAAAGAAAGCUCAGGAGAACAGAGGAGAGAAGUGAAAAGAGGGACAGAAAAAAAAAGCAUUUAAAGAGAAAAAGGGAAAGACGGGUGCAGAUCUGCGGUGUGUGAGGAGACAGAGAGAGGGAGAGAGAAAGACAGUGUCGCCAUUUCAAAAAUGAGUUUUGAGGAACAGCUUUGAGGGACACACAGUGGACAAUUCUGCCUAAUCGCACCACACAGGAGGCGCUUCCAGAAAACACACCUGUCCCACCAUCAACCACUGCAUUCAGAUGGAGGUGGAUGCGGCAGAGAAGCGUCAUCGAACACGAUCUAAAGUUGCCGUCGAGGCUGCACAGGAGCUAUUCAGCUGUCCCACACCUGGCUGUGAUGGUAGUGGACAUGUCAGCGGCAAAUACGCCAGACACAGGAGUGUGUAUGGAUGCCCUUUGGCUAAGAAAAGGAAAACCCAAGAGAAACCUCUGCAGGAACCUGCAUCCAAACGCCGUCCGUUUCUAACUAUGGCUGAUGGAGAACACGCUAUGUAUGAAAACUAUGAAGCAGAGGCCAUGGAGGAGGGAGAAGAGAGGGAACAGGAGGAGAUAGAGGAAGUGGAGGAAGACGAGGAGGAAGGAGAUGAUGAGGAAGAAGAGUGCUCGGAUGACAAUGAGGAACUGGGAGAGGAGGAUGAAGAAGAAGAAGGAGAGGAUGACGGAGAGGUGGAAAGAGAGGAUGUUGAGGAGAUCGAGCAAAUGGAGGAAGAGGUAGAAGAGGACGAGGAAGUGGUGGAGGAGGAUGGGGAUGAUGAGGAGCAGGAGGACGAUGAAGAUGAUGAUGAUGAUGAUGAGCACGAUGAAGAGGAAUACUAUGAAAAUAUGAGUCAUCAGCAAGACGACAAUUAUUGUAGUGGACAAUCAAAAUCCAAUCAUAUGAUUGAGAAGGACAAUAACAACAACAACAACAACAUGAACAAUGAGGAGUAUGAGAAUUAUGACGAGCUGGUGGCCAAGUCUCUCCUCAACCUGGGUAAAAUCGCAGAGGACGCUGCCUACCAGGCCAUGACCGAGUCGGAAAUGAACAGCAGCUCCUCCAACAGCGCAGGAGAAGACGAUGAUGAAGACGAAGAUGACGGAAGCGAACAAGGAGGCCACAAAGGAGAAUUGAGUGUCGACUUGGAUAGUGAUGUGGUUCGAGAAACGGUGGACUCCCUGAAGCUUCUUGCCCAGGGUCAUGGAGCCGUGCUGCCUGAUGAGGGAUACACGGACGCCGGGUCUGGAGAUACUUGCCAAGCUAAUGGACGUGGCCAGGCGGAUGAGAGCGAAGAGGAAGUGUGCCUCAGUAGCUUGGAGUGUCUGCGUAAUCAGUGUUUCGAUUUGGCUCGAAAACUCAGCGAGACCCAACCGUCAGAACGGCCCUUGAUGGAGCACCACAUGCAGCAUCAUUCCGAGCAGCAGCAGCCGCAACAUUUGCAUCCACAUCCGCAUCCGCAUCACCCUCCAAUGCCCCGCUACGACAGCUGCCAGAUGGACCAACACAGACCCCUCGAGCGGAACUACUCAGACAUGGUGAAUCUGAUGAAACUAGAGGAGCAGCUCAGUCCCGCUUCCAGAGGCUACCCAUCUAGCUGCGCCCAGGACGGGGAUGAGGACACUACCUCGGUGGCCUCCGAUCGCUCAGAUGAAGCUUUCGACAUGACUAAAGGCAACCUGUCGCUGCUGGAAAAGGCCAUUGCUCUGGAAUCGGAGCGUGCCAAGGUUAUGCGAGACAGAAUGGCAUCAGAACAGAUGGUGGCUCGGAGGGACAAUCAGCGCCUUCAUGGAGAGCACAGCCCAAGGCAGAGCAGCAGUGCAGAAGAACGCAAGGCCCGACUCCAUCAUGAUGGCGCAAAAAGAGCUUACUACCCUAAAGACUCAAGGGGAGAGAAAAAGGAAAGCAAGUGUCCAACCCCGGGUUGUGAUGGCACAGGCCACGUCACCGGACUUUAUCCUCACCAUCGAAGCUUGUCCGGCUGCCCCCACAAAGACCGAGUGCCACCAGAAAUUCUUGCAAUGUAUGAGAAUGUUCUAAAGUGCCCCACGCCUGGCUGCUCGGGACGCGGCCAUGUAAAUAGCAACAGGAACUCGCACCGCAGUCUCUCGGGAUGUCCCAUAGCUGCCGCUGAGAAGAUGGCAAAGGUUCAGGAGAAACAUCACUCCUGCGAAGGCCCCAAGUCCAACCAGGCGUCAGACCGCGUCUUGAGGCCUAUGUGCUUCGUGAAACAGCUGGAGAUCCCAGAGUAUGGGUACAAAAACAAUGUUCCAACCAGCACUCCGCGAUCCAACCUGGCCAAAGAGCUGGAGAAAUACUCCAAGGCCAGCUUUGACUACAGCAACACUUAUGAAAACCAGCCUCAUGCUUACGGCAAGAGGUCCCUCAUCCCGAAGAGCCACGGCCGAGACACUUCACCCAAAGGAUAUGAUGCGAAGCGCUACUGUAAGACCUCGAGUCCGGCCAGCAGCACCACGAGCAGCUACGCUCCCAGCAGCAGCAGCAGCCUGAGCUGUGGAGGAGGAGGAGGGGGAGGAGGAGGAGGGGGAGGAGGAAGCAGCGCCAGCAGCACCUGCAGCAAGAGCAGCUUCGACUACACGCACGACAUGGAAGCCGCCCACAUGGCCGCCACCGCCAUCCUCAACCUGUCCACGCGCUGCAGAGAGAUGCCCCAGAGCCUCGCCGGGAAGGGCCCCGAGCUCCUGGCACAGAGUCCUGAUGACAGAGACGGAGAUGAUAGCAGAGCUCUGGAUGUGGGCCGGGUCGGAGGGAUGGGGGAGGGCAGUGGGGGCACAGUCCUGACCCCACUGCAGCCCAUGUCGCCCCAGCGGCAGGCCCUACUCAACAGCCACUGCUACCAGAUGAGCACGGCGGACUGCUGGGACCUGCCUGUGGACUACACCAAGAUCAAACGACUGGACGAUGACCAGAAGGAGGAUGACCUGGACCCCUUUCAGGAUCUAUUAGAGGAUCAGCAGUAUUCAGGAGAAGUGUCUCUUCCCAGCCCCAAACACAAAUAUGCUCCCUGCAAGGAGAGCAAGAAGGAGCUCCUCACGCUAUCAAGUUGCCAACUGGCUGACAAGGGCAUGCGUGGCAUGAUGACAUCCAACUCCCAGGAUCUGAAGUGUCCCACUCCCGGCUGUGAUGGCUCUGGGCACAUCACUGGCAACUACGCCUCGCACAGAAGUCUGUCAGGUUGUCCCCGGGCAAAGAAGAGUGGCAUUAAAAUAAUGCACAGUAAGGAGGACAAGGAUGACCAGGAGCCAAUCAGGUGUCCAGUGCCAGGCUGUGAUGGCCAGGGUCAUGUGACAGGGAAGUAUGCCUCCCACCGCAGUGCAUCCGGCUGCCCGCUGGCCGCCAAGCGUCAGAAAGACGGUUAUGUGAACGGAGCGCCUUUCUCCUGGAAGUCGGGCAAGACAGACGGCAUGACCUGCCCCACUCCAGGGUGCGACGGCUCAGGCCACGUCAGCGGAAGCUUCCUCACCCACCGGAGUCUAUCCGGCUGUCCCCGUGCCACAUCUGCUAUGAAGAAAGCCAGAAUGACUGGAGUUGAAAUGCUCACAAUCAAACAGAGAGCAAGUAAAGGCAUCGAAAAUGAUGAGGAGAUUAAACAACUGGAUGAAGAAAUCAAAGACCUGAAUGAAUCAAACAAUCAAGUAGAGUCAGACAUGAUCAAAUUAAGGACUCAAAUCACAACCAUGGAGACUAACCUGAAAUCCAUCGAAGAGGAAAACAAGGCCAUCGAGCAGCAGAAUGACUCACUUCUGCAUGAGCUCGCCAACCUCAGCCAGUCCCUCAUCAACAGCCUUGCCAACAUCCAGCUUCCUCACAUGAAACCGAUGCCACUGAAAGAGGCCCCUGUUAAAAAUUACUGCUGUUUACAGAUGCCCCACAGAGAGCCGAUGAACGAGCAAAACUUUGACACUUAUGUGAGCACUUUGACAGAUAUGUACACUCACCAGGACCAGUACCAGAGCCCGGAGAACAAGGCCCUCCUGGAGAACAUAAAGCAAGCAGUUCAAGGCAUCCAAGUGUAGCUUCGCAGUUGGGGUAAUGUGGGUCAUGUGAUGAGAAUCGAUAAGAAAGAAAAAAGAAACCCAUCGUGUAAAAAGUUCGGAUAACUAGUAUGAUUUUUUUUGCUGCUGUAAUUUAUUGUAUUAUUUGGCAUUCUUUAUGAUUCUGUUAUGCUUUUGACGAACAAAAAAAAUAUGACAUAACUUAUUUGUUGCCUUGCUUUAAGAUGAAGAUUACCAAUGGCAAAUGUUUUGAGGAACAUUCAUGUUUUGUACAUUUUUCAUAUGACCUGACAUAAUGUGAUGUACUGUUUAUAGCUGCUAAUGUAUGCACAUUUUAGUGUAUAUGUAUUUAUUAAUUGUAAACAAAAACCAUCCAUUAUUUUAAAUCUAAAGAGGUGCAGAGGGGAUACGCUGAGGGAAUGUAAGCUUUGAGCUUCUCUUUACGGAACUAAUGGGAACUAAUGUGAUGUGCAGGCUGUUCGAUGGGUGUACAGUGGUACAUUUUUGUGGUUCGAAUUUUGGGUACAUUUUGUAACGAUAUUGAGAAACAUUGUCUUUUGGUUCCAAAAUCAUAUUUAUAGUGGUCAGUGUGGGCACUCUAAUGCAGUACGUGUAACGUUUAAUUUGAGCUCGUUUGUUGAGUUUUUUCCCUCUUUUUUUUUUUAUUUAUUUUAUUUUAUUUCUUGUUUUAAUUCCCAAAAUAGAUGGAAAAUAGAACAAAAAAAAUUAUUGUGAAUGCAAACAUCAUGACACGGAAACUCACUGGUGUGUAAAUCCCAAGAAAUAUUUCACAAAUCCAUACAUCUCGAAAUGUAACGCCCGGCUGGUCGAGGCCAACAGAAAAAAAAAAUUCAAGGAGACAAUCCAACAUUAAUUCUUAAUUUAAUGAACGUAAAAUGUUAGUGGUAGUAUGAUAGAAUAUCAGCAAUAUAUGAUAACGAAUCAAUCAUUUAUUUAGAUAUGGGAUGCAAAAGUUUGGGUAUAUGCAAUUUCUUAUUCUUACCAUAGUAGAAAGCUGAUGAAUCUUUUUACUAAAUGUAAAGUAUUAAGUUUUAUAUAAAUCUUUUAAUACAGUCAUGUUUUAGGGUUUAAACAUGGGUGAUCAAGUCCAAAAGGAUGAAUGCAUUAUGGUUUACCAUUUCUCAUGUUCGAUUUUGCACAGGGACACCUUUGUUUCCAUGUUUUGGUGUUUUUAUUUGUUUCAGGAGACCAAGGAGGUGCCCAGACGUUUGAAUUGUGGGACGUUUUUUCUUUCUUUCUUUCUCUGAAGGAAGUGAAUCUGUUCGUUUAUCAGUGUGCUGGAUAUACAGGGUUAACGUCACCAUCCAUACUUCAUUGUGUCAUAGUAAUGGAGCACUUGUCUUGUAGAUUUUGUCCAAAAAAAAAGAAGAAAAGAAAUCAUGUAGAGAUUCAUCUGGUCAUGAGUGCACAACAAAUACGACUAUAUCAGCAAUGCAAACCCAACUCAAAUCAGUAUUAAAAGAGAUGGUAACCUGCGGUUCACGUUCAUUGCUUAUUUUUUACCUUCAUGAGAAAUCAGCGGCACUUUAAGCUCGUGGAAAUUGAAGCAGGAUGCAAUUUUGAUAAUUAAACGAUGAAACGGCGUGGCACGGGUCUAGAUUACAGUUUCUGUCGAUGAGAGGACCUGCUCAUAUUACUCCAUAUUAUCUUGACGACAUGUACAGUAAUGGUAUGGGGACCCCGCGUUCAUCUUCAUUCAGCGGAAGCUCAAAGCAUCAAGCUAAGUCAGACAUAGGGAUGAUUUUUUUCAGUGGUGUAGCCUAUUUAUCGAGCAUGAGUCUGUCGCAGUGAUUUUUAGCGUGAAAUGACUCUGGUUGAUGCUGAUGCUCAACGCGGGGCUUUGUUUCCAAAAUCUAUUAUUUUGUAUAAUUAAGGCUAGCAUGAGAGGACUUGGAAAUGGUGCUAGUCACUCUUAUUUAUGGUUCUGUAAUACCCAGACAUCUCCUCCCCGACCACAUUUCUCUCUCUCUCUCUCUCUUCAAAAGCUUUGUGUAUGCAGCUUAUUUCCAAGAUAGUAACGCUUUUAACACACUGAUAGCAAAAUACAAUAUCCUCUCAUCCACUAUCAUAACUGAUUUGACAGGAAAAAGGAUUUUAAGCACAAUUCCGCUGCUCAUUUUCAGUUGGCACACAUUGUACUAUCUACUUCAAAAGGUUAUCUGUGACUAUUUAAAUAGAAAACUCUAUCAAUGGUGUCACAUGCUUGAAUGCAGAAUACUUUUCUUAUUAAUAAUUGUGAACUCAUCAGGUUACAAGUUUCCAUUUCAAAUGGAUUUUAAUUAACCAUUUUAAACCAGGAUUUUUCUAUUUAAAAAAAAAGAAAGAAAAGAAGCAUAGCUUUCUUAAUGUCUCUUGCUCUCUUCCUCUAUCCUUUACCUAUAUCUUUUUUCUCUCUCAGUUUGUUUUUCAACCACAUGGCAUGAUUUCCGUUGGUAUGAUACUUUUUUUGCUCUUAGUGUUUAAGAUCACAAGUUGCAGUGAUAUUUCAUUUUGAAAUUGUGAACUUUGUACAAUUUUUAUCAUGCUGGUGUUGACAUCUCUUACUCAAUAAAAAUUGUGUUGCCACAUUA